UCCUUGUUGGUUUUUCUUUUUUAAUAAAUCCAAUGUAAGCUGGGAGGAGUGUGUGCGCAGGAAGGGAGGGGGUCACAUGUGGAUAUCUGCCUUGUAACUAGGCACUGUUAUUAUGUAUUUUAUUGCUGUGGUGCUAGGGGAGCUGCAUCAUGUCUGGCCAUGGAAAGCAAGGUGGGAAAGUGAGGGCCAAGGCCAAGUCUCGCUCUUCUCGUGCUGGGCUGCAGUUCCCAGUUGGGCAGGUGCACCAGCUGCUGCGCAAGGGGAACUAUGCGGAGCACGUUGGAGCCGGCGCCCCCGUGUACCUGGCCGCAGUGAUGGAGUAUCUGACUGCUGAGAUACUGGAGCUGGCUGGUAACGCCACCCGGGACAAGAAAACCCGCAUCAUCCCGCGGCACCUGCAGCUGGCCAUGCGCAACGACGAGGAGCUGAACAAGUUACUAGGGGGAGUCGCCAUCGCUCAGGGUGGUGUCCUGCCCAACAUCCAGACGGUGCUGCUGCCCAAGAAUACCGAGAGCCACAAAGCCAAGGGCAAGUGAGCGUGGAUGCCAGCCCCCCAAAACCAACUAGGCACUGCCAGGGAGAUGUAACUUGGACAGACAGCACUGUCUGUUAUCCCUGUCAUACACGGGGAUGGUCAUAUCGCUGAGUCUGUGACUGCCACGCUCACAAAGGUGUGACGCAGUCUGGCAGGUGUAACAAAAACAUAUUAAGCUCACUUCACUCGUGUGAUGAGUUUUGAGACCAGCCCAUGAAUCAGUCAGCACUGCCCUCAAAUUACAACAUUGCAAUAGAAACAGGAACUGUUAUAGUGACACCGUGAGAUGUGAUUGCUGAAGCUACUCACAACUAUUCAUAUUUCCCAUGAUGAUUUGCCAUUACAAAUCUGAAUUCCGUGGCAGAAUGACGUCCCUCUGCACAACGCUAAUGAAGUUGAAGAUGAAGAGCUCAGAGAAAUGAAAAGAAUAUUUUGAUAAGGAACUAACGUAAAGGAGUGAACCUGCACAGACUGGAUCCCAAGAGGAGUGAAACUCAGGGGCACAGGACCAGUGGCGAGGACACACGGAUGAAGCGCCGAGCGGCUUUAAGCAGACACAGCAACUGAGACUUGGAUUCUUUAAACACUCGAAUCAGGUGUGACAGUGAGAUCUUUGUGGGGGUGUCUGUAAAUAUGUCACUGGAGCAAGUCUCCUUUAGCAGCUCAGUAACAUCUUAUAUGGGGGCGAGCGGCCCUGUCCCGGCUCUGCGAUGCACUUGGCCUUUAAGGACACGUCCCCCGGAAAUGGGAGCUCAGAUCCUGGGGAAGAGGGGAGGAAAACACCCCUGAACCCUCCCUUACUUUUUUUUUUUUUUGCAACCAUUGCAGCUGGCUCCGCCCAUCCGGGGGAACUUUUAUCCCCUCUGCCCCCUCCCUAUUCCUGGGUUCCCCCUCCGGCCUGCCUGGCGAGGCCUGUACCCCGGU